GGGAGGGGCGGGAGCCCCUCCCCGCGCCGGUCCCCUUUUGUCGCGGCGCGCGCGGGCGCCCCACUCCACCCCGCCGUCGAGAUGCUGCGCUGCGGCCUGGCCUGCGAGCGCUGCCGCUGGAUCCUGCCGCUCCUGCUGCUCAGCGCCAUCGUCUUCGACAUCAUCGCGCUGACCGGCCGCGGCUGGCUGCAGUCGGAAGACCGCUCGCAGACGUCCUCGUUGUGGUGGAAAUGCCCGACCGAGGACGGCGGCACCGGCUCCGCCGCCGAGGGCUGCGACAGCCUCAUGGAGUACGCGUGGGGGAGAGCAGCUGUGGCCAUGCUCUUCUGCGGCUUCAUCAUCCUCAUCAUCUGCUUCAUCCUCUCCUUCUUCGCCCUCUGUGGACCCCAGAUGCUCGUCUUCCUGAGAGUGAUCGGAGGCCUCCUCGCGUUGGCUGCUGUGUUCCAGAUCAUCUCCCUGGUCAUCUACCCUGUGAAAUACACCCAGACCUUCAACCUUCACGCCAACGGUGCGGUCCUUUACAUCUAUAACUGGGCCUAUGGUUUCGGCUGGGCGGCCACAAUUAUCCUGAUUGGCUGUGCCUUCUUCUUCUGCUGCCUGCCCAACUACGAAGACGACCUGCUGGGCAAUGCCAAGCCCAGGUACUUCUACACCUCUGCCUGAGAGGGAGGAGAGGGAGGAGGCGCGACCCGCGAGCCGAGGGGACCCGGAGGAGGCGAACUUCGCAGGCCACUGGCAUCCGAUUCGGCAGCGUUCAGCAGCUCCAGCCCACUUGGAACCUCUUUUGGAAGCGUUCAUAGGCUUAAACUGGUCGGAAAUGCUAAUAUAACUGGGAAGAAAAUAUUUCUUAAAUUGUGUUCUAGUUUCAUAUUCUUCUAUGUUUUGUAGAAUUUACAAAAAGGUGUUUCUUUUUGCUAGUUACUUACAAUAUGCCAAUAUUCCCUGCCUAUCUAUAGCCUACUGCAUUUAUAAAAGAAAAUGAAAGGGGGAAAUGUGAAGGUUUCCCGGAUGUAGUCAGCCCAUCAAGUUUGGGGGUCCUCUUCCCCCCCAGAUAGAAUGGAUUGUUUCUAUUAAGGGCUACGGAGAAGAGGGAAAUAUUGGUAAAAAUUGUUGGUAACUAAACGUUCUAAAAGUAAUGUAAAACAAAAGCUCAAUUUUCAAGGUUUUAGCUAUUUAAAGAAGCAAAAUAAUUUCCUAACUGCAUAUCAAGUUUGAGAGUUUAUAAUUAAUAUUCUAAUAAUUGCUGUUGUGGUAAACUGCACGCUGAGCUGGUGUUACAUGGAGGAAGGGUUCUCUGUAGCCCUAGACUGCAGUAGGGAGGCCUAUGUGAUAGAGAAAGGCUGAGACGAAAUUUGCUCUUUUAAUAAAAGUAGCUUACAGGGUUAGGGUGUGGGGAGAUGCUGCAUUAAUAAGUCUGUGCUGCUGUGUCCAAAUGAUCAGAACCUGUGUAGGCUGGGCUGAAAGGUGGCCAGCUGGGAAUGGUGAAGCCACCUAGUAAGGGUUUAGGACAGCUACUGCUGCCCCCAAAUGCCAUUAAAACAGGACAGGGGAAGGAAAGGCUUCCUUCUUCCAUCUCUGGUUUAGCUGGGCUCUGACCAUAUAGACACAGCUGUGCUAGAUUUUAACUGUCACAGAAGCCACAUAGUUAAAAACCUGGUCUUCCUUGGUAAAAUGUCUGAUGUAAAACAUUCAGCAGGAAAAUUCAGGGAUAUGAACUUCUCUGAACAUAUAUUGGAUGAAUUGUUAUUUUUUUAACCCAUUUAUACUGACCUAAUGAAAACAAGCUCUUUUUAUAUAUCAAAUUAGUAUUUUAUAAGUUGUACCACAAGCAAUUAAAAAUUUGCUGUUUUUUUUUUCUCAAUAAACCAGGUGUUAAAAUCUUGA